AUGGACGACUCGAUGGAAGAAGAAGGCGAUUCUCUCUUCUCUGUGCCCGGACCUUCUCACCGUCCCAGAGCAUUAUACCAAACGCCCCCUCAGUCUAUCCAUCCUUCCACUUCAGCCGGCUCUCCCGUAGGUUUGGGCUUCCACACAUCCGUCGUACCUCAACACUUGCCAGAGAUGGAAGAGUCUUUCGAACAGCCGAAUAGAUGGAGAGCCACGGGGGAUAGGGGAGCAUCACCACCUGAUAUAUCCACUUCAACUUCAUAUGAUUACGGUCAACAGGAUGAACAUGAACAAGAACAAGAUGAAGAGGAGGAAGAAGAAGAAGAGAUGGGCGAAGAAGGAAGCUACGAAGCUAGUGAAAGUUCUUCAGCACAGUAUGAUCCCGAUGCUGAUCCUGACAGAUUCGCUCAGCGGUUGGAUGAAUUAGCGGGUGUACUGGAGAUAGGUGAAGAGGAAAGUAAAGCUAUAAGAUGGGGUUUACCAAUUUCCAAAAGGCAGAAACAGGGUCCAGAUCUACCGCUUGCCGAUUUCCGUAAAUUGAUCAAUCAUCAUCUCAACACGACGGAAUGGAGAUACACUUCCUCAAUACCUGCCGCACUACCUAUACCAGGUAGAUCAGGUGAAAUACAUUCUAUCGGAGGGGGCUUGACGGUAGAUGCAGGUGAUAUUCAUCCCAUACGGGUGCUAGGUAGAGGAUGGGCAGAAAGAGAUGAAUGGAUAGAAAUGGAUUCUGGGUCGGAGGACAUGCAACUUGAAUAUACGGGUGGCUUGUAA